AAGCGGAGCGCGAAAGCGCGCACGGGAGCGAGAGAGCGCGCGAAGUUUGGCCGCUAUGAGGCGAGCGCCUGGGCUUCCCCUCUUGCUCCUCACAGUCGCCCUGAGCUGGUGUGGUUCCUUAUUUGGGCAGCCCCGAUGGCCGCAGCAGCGCCCGCAGCAGCAACAGGCAGCGCCGCAACAACGAGGUUUGUUUCCUGCAGUGCUGAACUUGGCUUAUAAUGCUCUCAUCACCACAAAUGCUACCUGUGGUAAAAGAGGUCCAGAAAUGUACUGUAAACUGGUGGAACAUGUCCCUGGCCAGCCAGCAAGAAACCCUCAAUGCCGUAUCUGUGACCAGCUUAGUAGGAAUCCUAACUUGAGACAUCCCAUAUCAAAUGCAAUUGAUGGCAAGAAUACAUGGUGGCAAAGUCCUAGCAUUCAAAAUGGAAUGGAAUAUCACUACGUGACCAUCACACUUGACUUACGGCAGGUAUUCCAGAUUGCUUAUGUCAUUGUAAAAGCAGCUAAUGCACCACGGCCUGGAAACUGGAUUUUGGAGCGUUCAUUAGAUGGUAACAAUUAUGAACCCUGGCAGUACUAUGCUAUUACAGAUACGGAAUGUCUGACUCGUUACAACAUCACCCCUCGCACUGGGCCUCCUUCUUAUGCAAAAGAUGAUGAAGUUAUAUGCACUUCGUAUUAUUCAAAAAUCCAUCCUCUAGAAAAUGGAGAGAUUCAUACAUCCUUAAUCAAUGGGCGACCAAGUGCAGAUGAUCCUUCUCCAACACUAUUGGAGUUUACAUCAGCUCGUUAUAUUCGCUUAAGAUUUCAAAGGAUACGGACACUAAAUGCGGAUUUAAUGAUGCUUGCACACAGAGAUCCCAAUGAAAUUGAUCCAAUAGUCACAAGGAGGUAUUAUUAUUCUGUAAAAGACAUCUCAGCGGGAGGAAUGUGCAUCUGUUUUGGCCAUGCAAAAUCAUGUCCAUUGAAUCCAGCCACAAAUAGAUCUUCUUGUGCAUGUGAACAUAAUACUUGUGGAGAAAGCUGUGAUCGGUGUUGUCCUGGAUUUAAUCAGAAACCAUGGCAAGCUGGGACUUUCCUUGUAAAACAUGAAUGUGAAGCUUGCAACUGCCAUGGGAAGGCAGAAGAAUGUUAUUAUGACCAGACGGUGGCAGACAGAAAGCAGAGUUUGAAUAUCCAUGGAGAAUACCUUGGAGGCGGAAUAUGCAUUAACUGUACCCAGAACACUGCGGGCUUCAAUUGUGAAACAUGCAUUGAUGGCUACUUCAGGCCAAAAGGGGUUCAUCCAACUGAUCACCAACCAUGUCAGCCAUGUCAGUGUUAUUCUGUGGGCUCUUUAGAUGGCACUUGUGUCAAGGAUGAAAAACAAGCUACAGGAGGUAUGCACCCUGGAUCUUGUCACUGUAAGCCAGGUUUUGGAGGAGAGAGGUGUGAUCGGUGUUCAUUGGGCUACAAAAACUUUCCUUACUGUGUGCCCUGCAAUUGCUCUCUGAAAGGCAGCUUGAAUGAUGAUCCUUGUGAAGGACCUUGCAGGUGCAAGGUGUAUGUUGAAGGAAAGAACUGUGAUCGCUGUAAAGCCGGCUUCUUUAACUUGCAGCAAGACAACCCCCAGGGCUGUGAGGCAUGUUUCUGCUCAGGAAUAACAAAUGACUGUACAGAUUCUCGCUGGACUUACAGCACGAUUAUGGACAUGAAUGGCUGGCAUUUGACUGAUGAAUGGGGUCUUGCUAGAAUUACUCCUCAGCAGGACACUUUCGAUGGACCUCAGCAACUGAGCAUCAGUAACACAGUUGCAAGAACUGUUCUGCAGCCUAUUUAUUACUGGAGUGCACCCAGUCCUUAUUUGGGUAACAAAAUAACAGCAGCUGGAGGACAUCUGAAAUUUACUGUUUUAUAUGACCUCGCUGGGGAAGAAGAUAUUGCUGAGGCCAUCCUUCAGCCCGAUGUCAUCAUAGAGGGAAGUGGGUUGAGAAUAAGGACUUCGCAGGAAGGGAUUCACCUGAACCCAUUUGAAGAGCACACAGAAGAAGUCUUACUGAAGCACAACUUAUUCAUGCUGCACGGCAUUCCUGUCAGCAAAAGGGAAUUUAUGACUGUUUUGGCGAAUAUAAAAAGACUCCUUAUAAGAGCCACAUACAGCAAUGGGAUGAAUGCCAUCUACAGAUUGAGUGGUGUCAGCCUGGAAUCUGCUAAUGACUUAUUGACUGGACAAAAAGAUGCAUCUGCUGUUGAAAUUUGCCAGUGUUCUUCAGGAUAUUUGGGCUCCUCCUGUGAAUCAUGCUGGCCGGGGCACAGGCGAGUUAACGGCACUAUCGUUGGUGGAAUCUGUAGGCCGUGCACUUGUUUUGGUCACGCAGAGUCCUGUGAUGAUAUCACCGGAGAGUGCCUGAACUGCAAACACAACACAGGUGGUCGAUAUUGUGAUAGAUGUCUUCCUGGUUUCUAUGGAGAUGCUACUAAAGGGAAAGCUGAUGAUUGCCAGCUGUGUGCCUGCCCACUGAGUAUAUCUUCAAACAAUUUUAGCCCCACGUGUCAUUUGGACCAAACUCAUGGAUUCAUUUGUGAUGGAUGUCCCUCUGGGUAUGCUGGCUUACGCUGUGAAAGGUGUGCAGAAGGCUAUUUUGGACAACCUUCAAAACCAGGGGGAUUGUGCCAGCCUUGCCAAUGUAAUGACAACCUUGACUUCUCCAUUCCUGGCAGUUGUGACAGCUUGUCUGGAGCUUGUCUUAAAUGUAAGCCAGGUACAACAGGCCAGUACUGUGAGAAGUGUGCUGACGGGUAUUUUGGAGAUGCUCUUGAUGUAAAGAAAUGUCAAGCCUGCAGCUGCAAUAUUAAUGGAUCAUUUUCAAAAGUCUGUGACUCUAAGACUGGACAAUGUCAUUGCAAACCCAAUGUUCUGGGACGUCAGUGUAAUCAGUGUAAGUCUGGUACCUUUGGUGUGCAGUCAUCAAGAGGAUGUCUCCCUUGCAAUUGUAAUUCGUUUGGAUCAAAAUCAUUUGACUGUGAUGAAACCGGACAGUGCCACUGUCAACCAGGUGUUGGAGGAAAGAAAUGUGACCAUUGUGCUCAUGGAUUUUAUGGUUUUGAGGAAGGAGGAUGCACCCCUUGUCAAUGUUCCCAUCUUGGUAAUAAUUGUGACCCACAUACGGGCCGUUGCAUCUGCCCUCCCAAUACUACAGGGAACCGAUGUGAAAAAUGUGUACCGAACCACUGGGGUCAUGAUAUUAUCAGUGGAUGCAAGGCCUGUGAUUGCAGCGUAGCUGGAUCCCUCAGCUUCCAGUGCAACCCUGAUACUGGCUGCUGUUUCUGUCGUCCAGAAUUCUCUGGCGAUAAAUGCACUGAAUGCAGACUAGGCUAUCGGAAUUUCCCACAAUGCAUUGCCUGUGAAUGCCUGGUAGCGGGGACCGAGCCCCAGACUUGCGAUACGGAAAUGGAAAAGUGUUCUUGUGCUGAUCAUACAGGACAGUGCACCUGUAAAAUGAACGUGGAAGGCAUCAACUGUGACAGGUGCAAACCUGGCCGAUUUGGACUCUCUGCCAAAAACCCACUUGGCUGCAACAGCUGCUACUGCUUUGGCCUGACAUCAGAAUGCAGUGAGGCAAAGGGACUGGUCCGUGUGUGGCUGACUCUGAAGCCAGACCAGGUUGUCCUUCCUUUGGUUGAUGAAAAUGUCCAGCACCAAACUACCAAAGGGAUUAUAUACCAAUAUCCAGAAACAAUUGCAAAUAUUGAUUCAGUAAUGCAAGAUCUACAUUCAGAACCAUUUUAUUGGAGGCUUCCAGAACAAUUCGAAGGAAAGAAGCUGAUGGCUUACGGAGGAAAGCUGAAAUAUGCUAUAUUUUUUGAAGCAAGGGAAGACACGGGUUUUGCAACUUACAAUCCCCAGAUCAUAAUCAGAGGUGGGCUUCCCACACAUACACGGAUUAUUGUCAGGCAUGUGGUUGCUCCUCUGAAUGGCCAGUUGACAAGGCACGAGAUAGAAAUGACAGAGUAUAAGUGGAAAUACUAUGGUGAUGAUCCAAGGAUCACACAGACUGUGACCCGUGAGGAUUUCAUGGAUGUCCUGUACAACAUUCAUUACAUACUAAUCAAAGCAACUCAUGGCAGGUUCAUGAGACAAAGCAGAAUUUCUGAGAUUAGCCUGGAAAUUGCAGACACAGGAAAUGUAUCGAGAAGAACUCCAAGUGCCCAAUUGAUUGAGCAAUGUAACUGUCCUGUGGGCCAUUUUGGUUUGUCAUGUGAGGCCUGUUCCCCAGGUUUUUAUAGACUUGCUUCUCCAUAUACUGGCAGAAGGCCAGGUCCUGCCCUAGGAGCCUGUGUCCCUUGUUCAUGCCACAGGCAUAGUGAAAUGUGUGACCCCGAAACCUCAAUUUGUCAGAACUGUCGUCACAACACAUAUGGGGACCACUGUGAAAGAUGUGCACUUGGAUUCUAUGGGAUCGUUAGAGGAAAUACCAAUGACUGUCAGCCUUGUGCCUGCCCUUUGACCAUGUCAAGCAACAAUUUCAGUCCCUCAUGUGUUAUUGAAGGAGUUAACGAUUACCGAUGUACAGCUUGCCCACCUGGAUAUGAAGGACAGUACUGUGAAAGAUGUUCUCCUGGAUACACCGGGAACCCAAAAAUUCCUGGUGGAUCUUGUCAAGAAUGUGAGUGUCACCCACAUGGUUCGCUACCUGUUCCUUGUGACCCUCUCACCGGACAAUGUGUGUGCAAGCCUGGAUCUACUGGCUGGAAGUGUGCAGGAUGUGAAGCCUGGCAUGCUCGUGAAGGCAUAGCAUGUGUUUCUUGCGAUGAUGAGUGCACUGGUGUCCUUCUUCGUGACUUGGAUCAAUUAAAUCAGAUGACUCUAAGUGUUAAUCUUAGUGGACCACUUUAUCCACCAUAUAAAAUGCUUUAUUCUUUUGAAAACACAACCCAAGAAUUAAAGCAUUUAUUGUCACCUCAGCAAGCACCAGAAAGAGUUCUUAAUUUGGCACAGAAGAAUUUAGAUACUCUUGUGGUAGAAAUGGAUGAACUGCUGACAAGGGCGACCAAGGUGACAGCAGAUGGGGAACAAACUGGACAGGAUGCUAAGACAACUAAUGAGAGAGCGAAGUCGCUUGGACAGCUCAUCAAAGUCACCCUCCAGGCUGCAGAAGGUGUAAAUGAUGCUGCUUCAAAACUGAAUGAGACUCUUGGGAUCCCAGAGAAGGCACUUGACAAAAGCUUUCAAGAAUUACAGAGUGAAGUUGACAAAAUGAUGGCAGAACUUAGGAAGAGAAAAUUGGAAUUGCAAAAGGCAGUAGCUCAAGAUGAAUUAGAGUCAGCAGAAGACCUCUUGAAGAACAUGCACAAGUUAUUUGUAGAGCCAAAGAAGAAAACUGAGGACCUGAAAAACGAAGUCAAAGAGAAACUAGCAGACUACCAUGAUAAAAUUGAUGAUGCUCUGAACCUGUUAAGAGAAGCAACUAAUAAAAUUUGGGAAGCAGACAGACUAUCAGCAAUCAACCAAAAAAACUUGACGGCAGUAGAGAAAAAGAAGCAAGGUAUAGAAAACGGACGACAGGAAACUGAAAAUACUCUAAGAGAAGGAAAUGACAUCCUUGGUGAAACUAAUGAACUUGCAAAUGGAAUCAAUUUGGCUGUGGAGAACAUAGAUAAUAUUAAGAAUGAAAUAGGCCCACUUGCUGUUGAGCUAAAGGGUAAAAUAGAUAAUCUCUCUGGAAAUAUCAAAAAAAAGAAGCUUCCAGAAAAGGUACUGCAGGCAGAAGCCCAUGCUGCCCAGCUGAAUGAUUCAUCUGCUAUUUUGGAUGGAAUCCUUGAUGAAGCUAAAAACCUCUCCUUCAAUGCAACAAUAGCUUUUAAGGCCUACAGCAAUAUCAAGGAGCAUAUUGAUGAAGCGGAUGCAAUUUCUAAAGAUGCUAAAGCUCGUGCCAAUGAAGCCAUACAACUGGCAUCUGGUCCAGAAGGCUCAUUAAAGGAUGCUGCCAAGAAUGCUUUACAAAAAAGCUUCAAGGUUCUUAAUGAUGCCAAAAAACAGGCAAAUGAUGUUAAAGAAAAUGAGGAUAACCUAAAAGGAAUGCAGAAUAAGUUGCAAGUUGCAGGGGAAAGAAACUCAGCUCUCUUGAAAGCUCUGAAUGACACUCUGGAAAAGCUAUCAGCAAUUCCAAAUGAUACAGCAGCCAAAGUACAAGCAGUUAAAGACAAAGCCAAGCAAGCUAAUGAUACUGCAAAUGAGGUACUGGCUAAAAUCAGAGAUCUCAAUCAAAACCUCCUUGGAUUAAAAGACAGAUACAGAAAAGUUGCAGAUGAUGCAGCCAAAACAAAUGCUAUGUUGAAAGAUCCUACUAAAAAUAUUGCUGAUGCAGAUGACACUGUUAAAAAUCUGGGUAAAGAAGCAGAUCGGUUGAUGGAUAAAUUGAAACCAAUCAAACAACUUCAAGAUAAUCUGGGGAAGAACAUUUCUCACAUUAAGGACCUGAUAAAUCAAGCUAGGAAGCAAGCCAAUUCUAUUAAAGUAUCUGUAGCUUCAGGAGGAAACUGUAUUCGAACAUACAGACCAGAAAUUAAAAAAGGAUUGUACAACACCGUUAUUCUAAAUGUAAAGACAACUGUUCCUGAUAAUCUACUUUUUUAUCUUGGAAGUAACAGAUACACUGAUUUCUUGGCCAUAGAAAUGCGUAAAGGAAAAGUGGAUUUCUUAUGGGAUGUGGGAUCUGGUGUUGGGCGUGCAGACUAUCCGGAUCUCACAAUUGAUGAUGGAGUUUGGUACAGAAUUGAAGCAUCAAGGACUGGAAGAAAUGGCACAAUUUUAGUACAGGCAUUAGAUGGUCCCAAAGCCACCAUCAUUCCAAGCAUUUUCAGUGCAAUUUCUCCACCUGGUUACACAAUUUUAGAUGUGGAUGCAAGUGCCAUGCUAUUUGUUGGGGGUUUAACUGAGAAAAUAAAGAAAUCUGAUGCUGUGAGAGUCACUACUUUCACAGGAUGCAUGGGAGAAACCUAUUUAGACAGCAAACCAAUAGGGCUAUGGAAUUUCAGAGACAUUGAAGGAGAGUGUAAAGGCUGUGCUGUCAGCCCCCAGGUGGCAGAUGGUGAGGGAACUGUUCAGUUUGAUGGAGAAGGUUAUGCUACCGUUAGUCGUCCCAUAAGAUGGAACCCCAAUAUCUCCAUGGUCAUGUUCAAAUUCAAGACAUUUUCUUCUACUGCUCUCCUGAUGUAUCUUGCUACUCUAGACUUGAAGGAUUUCAUGAGCAUAGAACUGAGCGAUGGGCAUAUUAAAGUCAGCUAUGAUCUAGGCUCAGGAACAGCUUCAGUUGUCGGCAACUGGAGCCACAAUGAUGGGAAAUGGAAAUCAUUCACCUUGUCAAGAAUUCUGAAACAAGCUAAUAUAUCAAUUGUAGACAUAGAUUCUAACAACGAAGAAAUCAUACCUGCAGUUUCUCCAGGAAAGCAUUUUGGCCUCAAUCUGAAAGCUGAUGAGCCCAUUUAUUUUGGUGGAUUGCCAUCGCUGAGAAGAAACCUAAGUAUGAAAUCAAGACCAGAAGUAAACACAAAGAAAUAUGCAGGCUGUCUCAAAGAUAUUGAAAUUUCCCGGACACCAUAUAAUCUUUUAAGUAGUCCUGACUAUCUUGGAAUUACCAGAGGGUGCACAUUGCAGAAUAUCUACACAGUCAGCUUCCCUAAACCUGGCUUUGUGGAGAUGCCUCCAGUCUCUCUUGAAGUGGGAACAGAAAUUCACCUGUCCUUCAGUACUAAAAAUGAAUCUGGUAUCAUACUCUUUGGUACUAAUGAAAUAUCUGUACCUCCAAGAAGGAAACGCAGACAAACAGGGCAGGUGUAUUAUGCUCUAUUCCUGAAUGGAGGUCGACUUGAAGUACAUAUUUCUACUGGAGUAAGAGAUCCACGCAGGAUCAUUGUGAAACCUGAGUCUGGUGAAUUUCAUGAUGGCAAAGAACACUCCCUUUGGUUGGAGAGACUUGGAGGGCUGUUUGCCAUUCAAGUAGAUGAGGACAGAAGACAGUCCCAGCGACUCCCAACAGAUCAGCCUAUGUCCAUUAAAGGGCUUUUUGUGGGAGGAACACCACCUGAAUUUCACAUACCCCCAAUUAAAAACAUACCUGCAUUUGAUGGCUGUAUAUGGAACCUGGUUGUCAAUGCUGUUCCAAUGGAUUUUGCCCAAUCAGUAGCCUUUAAAAAUGCAGAUAUAGGACAGUGUCCUGAUUUAGGACCAGAUCAUGAAAAAGAGCAUGAAGAACCAACUCCCCAGACAACAAGUCAUCCUGAACCAGAGGAGGGAGAAAGUAAAGCAACUACAACUCCUCCUCCUCCUCCUCCUUUCCCACCUUUACCUGAAUUGCUUGCGGCUGAAGUGAAGAGCGCCAGUAGUUCAGCUGACUUUCACCUGACGGAACAUUGUGCUGAUGAUGUGGAACCCAUUACCUUGGAAGGGGGCAAGCAAUUUGGCCUCUCAAGAAACAGCCAUAUUGCAGUUGCCUUUGAUGACACAAAAGUUAAGAACAAACUCACAAUAGAACUUGAAAUCAGAACAAAGGCUGAAAAUGGGCUGCUUUUCUACAUGGCUCGGAUCAAUCAUGCUGAUUUUGCCACUAUCCAGAUAAAAAAUGGUUUUCCGUAUUUCAGUUAUGACCUUGGGCAUGGGAACACAAGCACUAUGAUUCCCAACAAAAUCAAUGAUGGCCAGUGGCACAAGAUAAAAAUAUUCCGAAGCAAACAGGAAGGGGUCCUGUCAGUUGACGGAACUACAAAUAGGACCACUAGCCCAAAGAAAGCUGAUAUUUUGGAUGUUGUAGGGAUGCUAUAUGUUGGAGGAUUGCCAAUUAACUAUAUAACAAGAAGAAUUGGUCCGGUAGUCUACAGCAUUGAUGGAUGUAUACGAAACUUUCAAAUGACAGAAGCUCCCAUUGAUCUGAAUAAUCCUACCUCCUCUUAUAAUGUUGGAAGAUGCUUUGCCAAUCCACAGGAAGGAACCUACUUUGCAGGGACAGGAUUUGCCAAAGCAGUUGGAGCAUAUAAAGUGGGACUAGACUUACAGGUGGAAUUUGAAUUCCGUACAACACGGACAAAUGGGGUUCUAUUGGGAAUCAGCAGUCAAAAAAUGGAUGGCCUUGGCAUUGAGUUGGUAGAUGAAAAUGUUAUGUUCCAUGUUGAUAAUGGUGCUGGUCGGUUUUCGGCCAUUUAUGAAACUCCUAUACCAGGGAGUUUGUGUGAUGGGCGGUGGCACAGAGUUGUGGCACACAAGAUAAAGCAUCGUUUAACGCUGACAGUGGAUGAUCAGCAUGUGGAAGGGAUCAGUCCUAAUGCAGCUUCGACUUCAGCAGAGACAAACGAUCCUGUCUUCGUUGGAGGAUAUCCUGAUGGAUUGAAGCAGUUUGGCCUGACCACUAACAUUCGAUUCAAAGGCUGCAUUAGGUCUCUGAAACUCAUCAAAGGGGCAGCUAAACCACUGGAGAUUAACUUCAGCAAGGCCUUGGAAAUAAAGGGAGUGCAACCUCUGUCCUGCCCAGGGAAUUAAAGAGAAAAACCAUCAAAUUGCAAUAGGAGUCCGAGCAGUAACGCUAACAAAAAGAUUCUUUUACAAAUAUGCCUGUGAUAUAUUCCAAUGCUACUGUUUCAGGGUGUACUUCUAAAAGCAAUAUAAAACAAGGGGGGGGGGGGAGGAAAUCCCUUAAAAUGAAUAAAGCAGCAAGUUACACAUG